AUGUCGAAGACUGGCGUUGUGAAGAAUUGGAUGGAUGACAAGGGCUUUGGGUUCAUAGGCCCAGAUGAUGGCAGUGAGGACUUGUUCUGCCAUUCCUCCAGUCUGCAGGGAUGCAAGGGCCUGGGCAAGGGAGACAAGGUCAGAUUCGAUGCGGACUACGACGAUCGCAAAGGCAAGAUGCGAGCAGUGAACGCACGAGCGCGAGAACCCGCGAAGGCGACGGCCCAGCUCGUCGAGGUCUGGCUCACGGAGCCCGCCGCCAAGGCCUUUUAA